AUGUCUGAGGGAAUUAUGAGCACUGUGAGAAUGUGCAUCAAAGUGAAUUCCAGGGUGCAUAGCAGUCCUGGUCUGUUUUCAUCUUUUGUCACACAUGGUCAUACUGGGCUGAAGGCAGAUGGCUACACCACCAUUUCUAUGUGCAUCUCUGGAACAUGCAAUGGAAAUGGGGCUUUGCAACCUUCUUCCCAGACAACCAUGCUUCCUCAACAGUCUGCAGCUGAGGUGAUGACAUUGGUCAACAUGCAUGCCAACAACUGCAUGAGGGACAAAAGUGUUGCAAUGUUUGUGAGCUCAGGCUAUUCUGCACAGAUGAUCAUGAUACCCAUACCAUUGGAAGGGGGUGACUCUAAGCUUUCCAGAUUACUAAGGUUCAGUCCAAACAAAGCAAUUCAUGCCAAGAUACACCCUAUUCUUUCUGAAAAGUGCAUUGCAAUGCUUUUGUCCCUGACUGGUGAAAUAGUGAAAAGUGAUCUUUUGAUGGGAUUAAGGGCAUGA